AUGCGCGGUGUCGUGUGCCGCAGAUGGUUGCUGCGGAUCGUCUUCGGUGUCGUCGCCGUCAGCGCAGGUAUGCAGCUCACCCAGGUCGCCGGCGAGACGAUCGGUGGGGCGGGACCGCUGCCGCAGCAGGCCCACGGCCAACCACCAUCAGUACCAGCAUCGUCGCAGCAGGUUACGGUGGCGAAGCGGGCCGGUAAGGCCGAUAGGAAGGCGACACCCAUCACCUACAUCAAGCCGCUGCCGGUGGUCGUCGACGGGCCGAACGAGUUGUUGCAUCACCAACCGAAGCAGCUGCUGGGCCCCAGCACGGACGACACGCGGGUCGGGGCGGGCAAGACGAAGCCCAAGAAUGGCGGCAACCGGUUCGCGCCGAAAUCGCUCAACCUGAUCCCGCCGAAGGACCUGAGCAACGCCGAGCUCUUCAGCAAACUCGGCCUGGGCCGGGUACGACCGUCAACGAACCACCACAGGAAGCGGCUGGCGGAAGAGUCCCGGCAUCACGGCCGGCCGGACGAUUCGCACAUGUAUGUCAUCAAGCUGCCCCCGAACCCGUACUACUACGCCCACAAUGUGGCCCCGCAGAACAGCAUCGCGGACGUUGGCAAGCAGGUUCCGGUUGGGUUUAAGUCGAACGGUAAACCGGCCCGGAUCUACCACUGGAACAUACCGGCGCUGAAGAAGAUUCUCGGCGCGAAGCAGAGUCGGCACCCGAACUCGCGACGCCACGAAGACAUCGACGAGCUGAUCGACAUCAAGGAGAUCCCGACCUGGACCAAGCCCUGGGAGGGGGCGCCGCGCGAAAAGUCGCUACUCAAGGCGAAGGAGGGCACCGCCGGCAGCCAGAAGAAGAAGUUCCCGACCUACUACGCCCCGGUCAAGAAGCAGACCGGGGGCAGCAAGUCGAAGAAGCACGCCAACGGCAAGUACAACACCGGCAGCAACGGCAAACCGCAGAGCUUCUACAUUCUCGGCCAGGACAGCGAGAGCCGAACGAAGAUCGUGAGCCACACGCAGACUGUGUAACUCUGGUACUGCCGGGCACUUUACGAUUUAGCCGGUUAAGGGAAGGAGCCCUCGGUGCGCGCAUGGGGCGAAGCAUGGAAGCGCAUGGAUUAGUAGGGCACCGAGAGUAUAGGGACAUUAGUUGGAGUAUUAGAGUUCGGCAGGUGGAUCAAACGAAGAGUCUCGCGGACGGUUUUAUCUAUUUACUCAACGGAUAGACAGGCCCGUAUCUGAACUGAAUAGGAAGUAGGGUUGAUAAAUUUUACUGGUUCUGCUAACGGUUCUUAAGAACGGGCUGAUGAGUGAGCUUUUUCGGUUUUUGUUUUAAUUUAUGACAGAAGGUUGCGCACUUGCCGUGGAAUCUUUGGGCUCUUAGACGGUCUCCAAUAAUGUUUAACGAUUCACAGUAAUUCAAAAGAAUAACGAUUCAACGAUCGAUUGCUUUAGUGAAGCAACUACUAUAAGGCUUGUAAUGUUUUCGUUCAUUGUCCAACGCGUUCAAAAUAUGCUUUACGUGACAUUCACACGCGUUGGUAAGUAAUUGUACGAUGUAAGAAAACCCAAACGCUGCUACUCGACUAC